UUCGUUCAAUAAGAAAUACAAAGGAUAAAGGAAUGAGAGUGAGAAAGAGUUAUAUUUUGUUUGUCAUGUCAAUUCCAAAAUAAAGAUUAAUUUUGUGAUUUAUCAAUUCCCAUUUUUUUACUAAUAAAGAUGCUGUCAAUGGAAAGAAUUCCUGAUCAAAUUGGCUACUUAGUUUUAACAGAAGAUGGUGCAAUUUUGGCAUCAGGUGGAGAAUUAGGAAACGAUGAAAGAAUAGCAAAUGUUAUUAUUGGUUUAGUGACAUUAAUAAGCAAAGACAAUUCUAAGGCUUUUUUUGCUGAGGAUUUUGAAAAAAUAAGCAUCACAUAUAGCGAUCAUUGCUAUAUAAUUUGUCUUUCAAACAAAAAAAUUAACGUCGUUAAAAAAAGAUUGACCUCAUCUUCUACACUAUCUCCAGAAAGUCAACUCAUAGAGAUUUCAUCUUAGAAACGAGAGCCGAAAAAAAAAUGUAAGACUUAAAAAUAUAAUGUGAAAUUAUUUAAUUUCUCAUUGACAUUGAAAAAAAAAAAUUGUAAACUUUAUAAAUGAAGUUCACAAUAUUAGAAAUAAGCUUGUUUUUUUUAAAUUUUGAAAUUCUAUAUUUUUAUCCUAAUUGAAUUAAUUAAAUAAUUAACUAUAUAAUAUGUAAAUAAAUUUUUAAAUUAUGUAAAAAUAUAACAAAAUUUUUACUAGAA